AUGGCAGAGGAGACCCAUCUGAUUGAUGAACUGUCGGUGAAGAGGCCGCAGGAGGAGGAGGCGGAAGAGAACGGUGGUAUUUCUGUUAAGAUGGAAAAGAGUAACAGGGUGGCGGCGGAGGUGGCACUGGCUGAGUGUAUUUCCACUAUUAUCCCUGGCUGGUUCUCUGAAAUUAGCCCAAUGUGGCCUGGCAAGUUCGCAACUCUUUUUACGAUGGCACCCGAAGUUUUGCAUAGAUCAUAUGGAACAGAAGCUGACAUGUGGAGUACUAUUGGUGUUAUUGCUUAUACUCUUCUUUGUGGAAGCAGACCCUUUUGGUCUCGGACAGAAAAGCAGCGGCUGAAGAAAUGGCCAUUAGGUGCCGUGAAUUUUGCUGGUUAUGAGCUCGCGAAGAAGGCCAUGGACAAAAAUUAG